UGUGUGUGUCUGUGCAGCAACAUCUCUACUUGUGCGUAAAAGGAAGCCAAAGAAAAGUCAUUAAGUCUUAUUACUAUUAUUAUUAUUAUUAUAUUAUUAUUAUGGAGUCGUGAAAAGAAGCUGGAUUACAUCUUGGGGAAUUUUGGUGAUACCUUGGAAGAUUAAGCAUCCGGUUGAUUUUUGACGGCUUGGGGGUGUUGAGAGUGGGUCCAGAUGUUAAUCCACACCUAUUCGGCUAUGGACCGCGCAGACGGACUUAGCAGCUCCUCACCAAGCGGCCGCCUCUCCCAACUGUCCUCCCUCAACCAGGCCGCCUACUCGUCGGCUCCCCCGCUAUGCCACACUCCGGCCUCCGACUUCCAGCCUCCGUAUUUCCCUCCCCCGUACCCCCAGUCCUCCCUGUCGUACUCCCAAAGCCAGGACUCGGCCUACUCCCACCUGUCGGACCCUUACCCUUCCAUCAACUCCAUCCAUCAGCACCAACAAGCCGCGUGGCAUUCCCAGAGGUCACGCUCCGAGGAUGGGGGGCUCCUGUCGCAAACACACAGGGCUCUCGGGCUCGACCCCCGGCGGGAGUACCCGGCAGUCCCACGCCUGCUGCACGGUCUCGGGGAAGGGGGAGCCGCUCUUGGGGAUGGUCCUCUCGGGAUGCACCUGGGACAUCACGGCCUGGAAGAACUACAGGGAAUGGAGGAAGGAUCAGCCUUGGGCAUCCUGGACCACUCUGUCAUUAAAAAAGUUCCUAUCCCAUCCAAGCUAAACGGCUCGGCCCUGUCGGCCUUGUCCAUCUGUAAGGAUGGUCUCACCAUGGGCGGCGUGUCCAACCCGGCCGAGGUUUUCUGUUCGGUGCCGGGUCGCCUCUCGCUGCUCAGCUCCACCUCCAAGUACAAGGUGACGGUCGGGGAGGUGCAGCGACGGCUCUCCCCGCCAGAGUGCCUCAACGCCUCUCUGCUGGGCGGCGUCCUUCGCAGGGCCAAGUCCAAGAAUGGUGGCCGCUGUCUGAGAGAGCGUCUGGAGAAGAUUGGCCUCAACCUGCCCGCCGGGCGACGCAAGGCAGCUAACGUCACUCUGCUAACGUCUCUGGUGGAGGGUGAGGCUGUCCAUCUGGCGAGGGAUUUCGGGUAUGUGUGCGAGACCGAGUUCCCAGCCAGAGCCGCCGCUGAGUACCUGUGCAGGCAGAGCGAGCCCGACCAGCUCCCGACGCGACGGAGCAUGCUGCUCGCCACCAAGGAGAUCUGUAAGGAGUUUGUGGACCUCAUGUCCCAGGACCGCUCUCCGCUCGGGGGCAGCAGACCCACCCCGUGCCUGGAGCCAAGCCUCCAGGGGAGCCUCACCCACUUCAGCCUGCUCACCCACGGCUUCGGUACCCCGGCCAUCUGCGCCGCGCUCUCCGCUUUCCAGAGCUACCUGAUGGAGGCCAUCAAAAUGCUGGACAAGGGAGACGGGGGAGGGAAGAGCCACCACGACAAGGAGAUGAAGCACCACCGUAAAUAAGCAGGAUGAGGACACGUAAACUGAGAACCCUCCUUGGACCCUUUUUUGCUGAAGGAGGCCGGGCUUUUCUGCUCAUAUCUGUACUGUAACGUUUGUCCAUAAACACCUCUCUUCAAAAUGGACCUCUCCUCUCAGUAGCAUCCACCUCAGGAUGAGCUCCUACACAUGGCAGUAUUGUUUCAUUCCAUUUUUUAUUUUUAUUUUUUAUUUUUUGGUCAUCAAGCGGAUCUUUGGGACACGUAUAAAAGCCAUAUCUGAGGCACAUCUACUUGUAGUUCAUAGCAGGGUGCUCAUGGGAAAUGGAGUUGCAUGUGUCCUCGGUCGACAAAGGGGGAGUCAAAAAUGCAGCCUUUUAUUUUGAAAUCGUGCGUGUGGCGUAUACAUAAGUUAAUAAGAGCGAAUCAUUUUGUACUUUCUGUGUAUGUUUAUUAUUGUUAUUACUGUUAUUAUUGUAUUACGUCAUAAAUGUAAUAUAUUAUUAAAAAAUGAAGAAUGGAGGUGAGCUUAAUAUCUUUAUGCACCUUCAAACCGAAUGCUUUUAUUUUGAUGACAUUAGCUUUUUCCUGUGUUUACGUCCAUAUGUCUGAAUUGUAUACUAAAUCUGGCAGCAAGGUCAUAACCCGUAAAAACCUUAUUGAUUAACUGAUUAAUCAAUUAAGCUUCAUUAUUUAGUCAAUGAAAUGUUGAGGAGUGCUUAUUGCAACAAUAAUGGAACGGCUUGUUAUCAAUAAAAAAAUGAUAUGAAUAAAAUACAAAUGUAAAAUAUA